GUCUUGUCCUUGCUGGAUCGCCUGAUUCUCCUACUCUGGUCUCAUCUUCUUUUGGAUCUGGUUCUGGAUCUUCGUUGGCCAGCACUGUCUGCUCUUCUGGUUGCGAGCUUGCCCAGGUUGACCACAUUGACCGCCUCUUCACGCCGUUGAUCAAGAAGCGUGAGAAUACUGGCGAGCUCGCCGUCCUCGGAAUGGUUGAUGUGGCCGAGAACAAGGUCAAGAACAAGAGCAAGGGCAGGGCCGAUGACAAUAUCGUCCAGGAGCACACAGGUGGUGAUUGCCGUUUCCCCGGCCUUGACAAGAUGGUUAGGGAAGCGGUCGCUGCGAACACCAAGGCUGCUCAGUAUGGCCCGAGGACAUCGACACCUGCUCGUUCUCAUGGUGUCAUCCGCGGUACUGGCUCUGGUGUGCAUGUCCCUUCUGGUGGUUCUUCUGGAUCUCGUAAUCUUGGCGCCCCAUCUGGUGUAUCUGGAUCUCCAUUCGGUUCUUCUGUUAAUAUUGCUGUGCGUACUGCUCCCGCUGCUCGUGUGCCAAUCAAGAAGGUUCUUCAUGAGCUGGGGCCGAACCCGGACGCGUCCGUCCAGGGACAGCAGCUCAUCGCACAGUAUCGCAAGGCCAGCAAGCCGAAGAAGCGCAAGAAACCUUCGGGUGCUCAGUGCCAACAGGAAGAACAGCCCGUCCGCUCUGGUUCAUCUUCCUCUGUCGUCAACAACGUCUCUGCUGCUCAGUCCUUUUCGUCGUCUGAGGUCACGGACAGCGCUGUUGAGAGUGAAGACGAAGACGUAGUCGAUUGGCCCCCCUACUAUGUCUUCGAUCCUUCUCUGAACUGGGAUCACCACCGCCCUCCGCCGUUGUACGAGGCAUGGGUCGUGAACGGCAAGUUGAAGAGAUAUCCGGACCCUGGCGACGGUGGAGAAUGGUAUCCUUUCUGGAGUACACCGCACGAUUUGUGGUGAAUUGCGCAUUGCGCACGCGGUCGCUGCAUAUACUUAAGGUUGUUUCUCGUCUGCAAGUCUCGUACCGAUGGUCUCCCCUUCUGCAAGUUUCGCGUCUCGUCGUAAAAUCAUAAAACCCAAUGCCAGCACUUGUG